AGGCCCGGAAAGAAGAUGAAAUUAACCAUUUUCGUCAAACGAAAGAAGAACCCAUACGAGAAUAGGCCAUUUUUUUCGUCGUCGUCAUCAUUAUCGCUCGCAUCAUCAUCUCCGGCUCUUCAAACCGGAAACACUGAAAAUAAUAAUAAUAACAAUAAUACUACUACUACCAGAACCACCACUACUACAACAACAACAACAACUACUACUACUACCACUAAUAGUAGUAGUAGUAGUAGUAGUAUUACAAAAUUGUUACCGGAUGAAAAAAGAUCAGUUGAGCAUAACCUUUCAGAUCUUUCCGACGGUUGCUCUAUGGACUAUAACAUCUUGAAUAAUAAUAAUAAUAAUAAUAAUAACAACAACAUCCAUAAUACUGUUAGCAACUUUGGAGACAAUACAAAUACGGCCGUUGCAGCUGCUUCUAAUGUUACAGACAGUAAGAACAUGAACGACAGCAAUAAUAAUAAUAACAACAACAACAAUAACAACAACAACGUUAGCAUUAAUAACAACAGCAAUAACAUUAGCGUUAACAACAGUAACAUUAACAAUAAUUGUGGUAGCGUCAACAAUAGCAAUAACAAUUCGAGUACCGCCAACGAUAUCUGCCGGUUCAAAUCGCCAAAAAUAACCCAUCGCUACCAUUACGACUGUUCGCCUAUGCUACGCUCGGCCUCUCUCAGCUCCGUCGGCCUACAAACUUUUUCGGACCCACAAAACAACAACAAUAAUAACAAUAACAACAACAAUAAUAAUAAUAGCAGACAUUUACAAUAUAUUAACGAGGAGAAACAGCGUAGGCAUUCUAGUAACGUGAAUGCAGCACUGAAGCAACUGAAGCAAGUUAUGAGGGAGAACUCUUCGCAGAGUCUUGGCGUCAGUGACAAGGGCAUCAAACUGACAACUAGUUCGAGUUUGAUCGCCUAUAGGAACGCGAGAGCUGGUAGCGAGAGAAAUGUUUCUAGAGGUCUCAAUGAUAUGGAGAUUACAGAGGCAUCGACAACUGAUGACGCUUUCGAGCCGCUGAUGCUGACAGAACUGACGACCAGACACCUGAAAAUGAAACUAGCCCAGCUGCACCGGGUUCAACUGCGCAGUGUGUCUAACGUCUAUUUCUGCCAGAAGGGUAUUGAAAUUGCCCUCACAGACGAUGUAGGCGAUCGUUUGGAAAGUUUAUAAAUAAAUAUGUAGUUUUUCGUAAGAGAAAUACCAGACUUAAGCAAGUACCUCACCUAUAAGACAAUAGGUUAUUCGGGAGAGUAUACUUUGGUAAUGCAAAAAGUUGCAUGAAAAACCAGUUACAACCGGCCACAUCAUGAGAUAGAUGACUCACUUUGUUUCUCAUUUGGUCUAUUAUUAUUUAUUUAUUAAUUAAUUUAAUAAUUAUGAAUGAAUAUAUGUACACACACACACACACGCACACACACAAAGAGAGACGAACACAAACUUUUAUAUGUUGGACAGUUAUAAUGGAUGACUAUUUAAUGGCUUUAUAACUCGACGAAGCUUUUCAUUCAAUGUAGAGCUGAUGGUUCUCUCUCUCUCUUUCUCUCUCUUUCUCUCUCUUUUUAAUUUCAUUCUUAUUCCAUUUUUAACGUGUUUUUUUAGUUCCAUACCCAUUCCAUUCUUUAAUGGUUGACAUGAUUUUGUAACAGAGAAAAACUACACAUUCAAUGCUUCUUGACAAAUCUAUUUUUUUCAAAGAAACUGUAUACGU